CCUAAACCCCAGCUAGCUCGACAGCUCGUAGAAGAGAGUCUUCUUCUUCCCCUCUGACUAUCUUUUUCCCUACCUCUCCGACGAAAUGAGCUCUUCCUCCGACCGCCGGCGGAACCCGACGGAGCUCGUCCUCCGGCAGGCCUUCACGAAUCUCCAACACAAUUGUUCUGCCUUCCUUCAAAACUUCGCUCAGCUCCCUCUCCUCAAUCCGAACUCCCAUUCUUCCUUCCAAACCCACCUCCAAGCCUCCCUUUCCCACUUGCAGAACCACUCCAAACUAGCAAUUGAUGCUGCCGUUUCUCGCUUCAACCAAAUCCCUCCUUCGUCUUCCAGAAACCCUCUCUGGGCUCGGAUUCCGUCCGACCCGGUUCUCCUAUCCAAUUCCACGCCUGCAGCUGCUACUCCGCCCUUGACUCCUCAGGCCAUCGAGGAGCGCUUGGCUGGCGUCCCCGUCUACGCCUUGUGCAACUCCCGCGAUGAAUUCGUUCUGGUCUCUGGAGUUUCAACGGGGAAGUCGCUUGGAUUGAUGUGCUUCAAGAAGGAGGAUGCAGAUGCGCUCCUUCACCAGAUGAAGAGCAUGGACCCUGAGAUGCGUAAGGAUGGGUCUAAGGUUGUUGCCGUUGCUUUGAACAAGGUUUUUCAACUCAAGGUCGAUGGAGUUUCGUUCAGAUUGAUACCGGAGUCUGCCCAAGUGAAGAAUGCUCUUACAGAGCAGGAAAAGGCUGGACUCUCUGAUGGAGGUUUCCCUGGGGUUCCAGUUUUCCAGUCAAGAAGCCUGGUGUUAAGAAGCCAAACCAAGAGCUAUCGCCCUGUAUUCUUUAGAAAGGAGGACUUGGAAAAGUCUCUCUACCGAGCUUCACGUGAACAGAAGAAACUGAACCCUCUCUUCAGGGAUGGGGAUAUUCAGGUGGCUGUUUUUGAAGAAGUAAUCAAGUCCAUGAAGGAGAAUUCGGGUUCAACGUGGAACGAUGUAGUCUUCAUCCCACCUGGGUUUGAUGUCUCGACUAAUCCUACCGCCGAGGAACAGGAGUGAAAGCUGCAAGUUGCUAGAUCAGACGUUCUGAGUUUCGACACCCAGCAUAUAUAGUUUGUGUAAUGGUUUGUUAAAGCCUUGCAACUUGGGGGUGAAAAGAGACUCCAUGAGAAUCGGAUCUGAUGGCAGGGAGGGUCAACCAGUGAAUCGUCCACCUUCCACGCCAAUUCAAUCCCAUUUCCUCCAUUUCUAUUGCAGUCUCCCAUCACCCUAUUGACCCAAUCAACCUCUGUAAAAAUCAGUCUCCCAUGUACAUUUUUUACCAUUUACCAUAACCUUGGGUAUAUAUGCUCCAUCCCAACAUCGACUACAUAUCCAUUCCUCAAUCAAUCGAUUCCACAAUCACUAAAGUUACCACACAAAUAACCUUCAUCAUUAGCUCCCGUCGCUCUUUGUCGUUCAUACAUCAAUAUCGAAUUUAUCAAUAUUUGAUAAUGGGCUCCCUACUUUGUUACCGGUGGUUAAAGUCACCAUAUCGUGGCCACCAUCACGAAGCAUUUGGGAUGGUGGCGAUUGGAGUAAUGAUGAUCAUGUUGAUUGCAGGGCCCCAGCAGGCUAUUGCGUCACAGAAUUUCUUUCAGGACGUAGACAUCACGUGGGGCGGCGGCCGUGGCAAGAUCCUCGACGGAGGCAACAUGAUCUCUCUUUCUCUUGACAGGGACUCCGGCUCGGGGUUCCAGUCCAAACUCGACUACAUGUACGCCAGAAUCGACACCCAGAUCAAGCUCGUCCCCGGGAACUCCGCUGGCACCGUCGUCGCUUACUACAUGUCGUCGCAAGGCCCCGUCCACGACGAAAUCGACUUCGAGUUUCUGGGCAACGUGAGCGGACAACCCUAUAUACUCCACACAAACGUGUACACGCACGGACAGGGCAGCAGGGAGAUGCAGUUCUACCUCUGGUUCGACCCUACCAGAAACUUCCACACCUACACCAUCAUCUGGAAGCCCCAACACAUCAUCUUCAUGGUGGACGAAAUUCCAAUCAGGGUGUUCAAGAACCUGGUGAAGUACGGGAUACCCUACCCAAGGAAGCAGCCCAUGAAGCUGUACAGCAGCCUGUGGGACGCCGAGGAUUGGGCCACGAGAGGUGGGCUCGUGAAGACCGACUGGACCAUGGCCCCGUUCACGGCCUACUUCCGCAACCUGGCGGCCCACCAGUACAAGAACUUCACGCACAACGGGAGCGGGUCCUUCAGGCAAUUGGGCCGCGAUGACUUGGGCCCCUACGCCAGGAAGAGGCUGAGGUGGGCCCAGAUGCACUUCAUGAUCUAUGACUACUGCACCGACUUCAACCGGUUCCCGCAAGGCCCGCCUCCCGAGUGCAAACACGCCCGGAUUUGAUCCAUCGAUCUUAGCAAUUGUUACCUCGUUUUUUCAUACAUUUUUCGGUGUAUUGUCAACGCAUUUAUCGUCGACAACAAUGACUGACCUCAAUAACGUUGUUGUUUUUGUUUUUGCCUAGUUAGUCUGGUUAUAGAUUUAUAAAUUUUGGUCCGAUCCCGAGUAAUCAUCAAUUGUUGCACCGAUCAAUUAAUGUCGUUGUUGUUCUUCAUUAUCAUCGUUAAUGCCUUGAUCUGGAGUGGUAGAAAUUCAUGUUAUUUGAUUCGGAAUAGAUAUUUUGAUCCAAUUAUAGCAUUCGAUUCUCGAG